UCAGUGGACUUCUCAUCACAUCAAAUCUCUUCCAAGAUGUCUCCUGCCGCGGUCGCCUCACAAGAUACUGCUACCAGCAGUGUGGUCGAGCAAUCAGUGCCUAACCCAGUUUACCUUUCCACCGAACCAGGCCCGGAAUUCGACUGGAAGAUAUCUCUCCGUGGAAAGGUUAUCGCAAUCACAGGGGCAAACCGGGGCAUCGGCCUGGGACUUGCCACUGUAUGUCUAGCCAACGAUGCUCUUGAAGUCUACUCGUUGGAUCUCUUUGAACCCGGAGAGGAGUUCCAGGCCCUUGCAAAUGCGAACCCCAAAAGACUACACUAUCUUCAGUGCGAUGUGACUUCCGAAGAGACAGUGAUACAAGUCGUGGAUCAGAUUGUUGAGCGAUCGGGCCGGAUCGAUGGCAUGAUAGCCAACGCCGGCAUGACCAAGCACCAGCCCGCCCUCAAUUUCGACAGACCACAGCUCGAACAGCUGUUCAACCUCAACGUAUAUGGAGCGUAUUUUUGUGCGACUGCUGCUGCAAAGAAGAUGAUCGAGCUCGGCAUCAAGGGUUCCAUAGUGUUCACCGCAUCCAUGACUUCGUACAGACCAAACCGUGCCGCUCCUUCAGCACCUUACGGGGGGACGAAAGGUGCGGUGAGGAACAUGGCCCAUACACUGGCGAUGGAAUGGUCACAACACGGCAUUCGCUGCAACUCGGUUUCACCCGGCUUUGUGAGAACAGCAAUGACUUACUAUGUUGAGAGGGCUAGCGAUUGGAAUCUGAAGAUGCAAUAUUAUGGCGGUAUGCCUAGAUUGGCAGAUCCAAAGGAGCUUGGAGGAGCUUAUGUCUAUCUAUUAUCCGACUGUGCCAGUUAUACAACGGGUAUUGAUAUCCCCGUGGCUGGCAUCGUUGGUGCCUGGUGA